UCGCAGUUAUCGUCCACCUACGACGGACUCCAUCACAAACAUGAACGGGUUCUCCGCUGUACUCCUGCUGGCCGUGGCCGGUCUGACGAACGCUUACCUCGACCAGGGAGUUUGUCCAGACUUCCAGAACAUCGCUGAGUUCGAAAUUCCUCCGUACCUGGGCCGUUGGUUUGAAACCCACAGAUACCCGAACGGUUUCGAGACUGGCAGCAAGUGCGAGACGGCAGACUACGGCGCUAUCAACGACACGACAGUCUCUGUCGUGAACACCGCCAACCUCGCCGACGGGUCCCUGUACGUCAUCAGCGGCACGGGCACCGCCACGGACGUCCCCGGUCAGCUCAUCGUCCAGUUCCCUGGGGAGUCUGUCGGCUUCUACAACGUCCUGGCCACUGACUACGAGACCUACAGCUGCGUCUACACCUGCGCCCAGAUUGGGGACUUACGUGACCAGUACGCGUGGGUGAUAUCCCGCACCUGGGAACUGGAUGACGCCACACUCGCGGUGGUGCUUGACGUGUUCGAGUCGAACGGCAUCGACACGGCCGUGUUGCAGCCUACGCCGCAAGGGGGAGACUGCAUCUACACUCCUGCCCCUUAAUGCAGCAAAAAUCGGGAACAUUGUCACGGAAAUUCAGGAUUCGAAAUGAAUGCAAUUUACUUAGGAAAGUCUACCUGCAUUUUUUUGUUAGGCUGAAUGUAUGGCUGUCGUACAUGGUUAAAAUAGUGCCAGUAGCAUUCAUCAAAUUCUCAGGAGAAAUGUUUCAGGUAAAAAUACUAACUGUUGGUCAAUGAGGCAUCAUUUAAUUAAUCAUCGCGAUUUUUCCGAAAACUGGAAAAUGUAAUAAUCAGUGAUAGAAAAUUGUCUUCAUUUGUGUCGAACUGAUCGAUACCUUGAAUAUUUUAAUUUUUAAUACAAGUGUUUCUGUCGCAUUUUUAAUCAAUAAAUUUUCAAACGUUUUUUAUAUAAUUGCCUGCCUUAAACUAAAUAUCACAAUGCCUCUAAUCACUGGCAUUCCAUGUUAACUGAAGGUUUCAUCACAUAAUCAGGUUGCACCAAUGUAAUAUAAUAGUUACCUGACAAUUAAAUACUAAUUUCUAGACCCUGCAUGGAAAAUCGAAUGUGCAUCGAUUGAAGCCACUGAUAGUUGACAUCUUACAAGAUUUCUAUUCCAAGGAUUAAAAUUAUUUCAUG